AUGUCUGGACCGAAUUUAGAAAUUUUUCACAAAAGAGCAGCGGAAGCGGAAAUGGAGAUAGCAGCUUUAAAAAAGCAAAUCGAAUUUUUAAAACAAAAUAUUAUAAACAACAACUCUAAGUUACAAACUGUGUCUAAAGAUGAAUACAUGAAGCUAGAACAGGAAAACAUCAAGUUGAAACACAGGAUAGCUAUUCUAAAAAGGACCAUUGAAACUGAUAGAGCAAAAACACAGAACCAGAUGAAAACCAAUGUGUGUAACGUAAUAAGUAUAUAUGAUACUUUGUAUGAUCUGUUUAAAAGAGCCAUUUCUGUUGCGUAUCCAGAUGUUUCUAAUCCACCAGUGAUUGUAACAGUUAGUAAUAAUCAAAAAUUUGGGGAUUAUCAAUGUAAUAGUGCUAUGUCACUUACAAAAAUACUUAGCAACAGUGGAAGUAAAAUAUCUGCAAGAGACGUUGCAAACAAUAUAAUGUCCAAAGUAGAGGAAUCCAAUUUGGUUUCUAAGCUGGAAGUGGCAGGUGCAGGUUUCAUAAAUAUAUUUUUAAAGCGAGAAUUUGCACAGACAACAUUAUGUAAUUUAGUAAAAACUGGAGAAGCUUUUCCACCGUAUACUAAAAAACAAAAAGUUAUAGUAGAUUUUUCUAGUCCAAACAUUGCUAAAGAGAUGCAUGUUGGACACUUGAGAUCUACUAUAAUUGGUGAUAGUAUUUCAAGACUACUGGAAUUCUUAGGACAUGAUGUGUUGAGAUUAAAUCAUGUUGGCGAUUGGGGUACCCAGUUUGGAAUGUUGAUAGCUCAUCUACAGGACAGAUUUCCUAAUUAUUUGACUGUAUCUCCUUCCAUUACAGACCUUCAGAGUUUUUAUAAAGAAUCAAAAGAAAGGUUUGAUGCAGAUGAAGAGUUUAAAAAACGUGCUUAUAAGUGUGUUGUUCAGUUACAAGCGUUUGAUCCAAAUAUGACAAAAGCGUGGCAACUGAUUUGCAAUGUUUCUAGAAAAGAGUUUGAAAAGGUAUAUGAACGAUUGGAUAUUAAGUUAAUAGAAAGGGGAGAAUCUUAUUAUCAGAAGCACAUGGAAACUUUAGUUAAAGAACUAGAGUCAAGAGGAUUACUAGAAGAAGAUGAAGGACGGAAAGUAAUGUGGAGUAAAUGUGAAAAUGCAAUACCUUUAACUAUUGUAAAAUCUGACGGUGGUUUUACAUAUGACACCUCAGAUUUAGCAGCUCUGAAACAACGUGUAGAAGAAGAAAAAGCUGAUUGGGUAAUAUAUGUAACGGAUGCUGGUCAAUCUAUACAUUUUCAAGUAUUAAAGAACUGUGCAGAAAGAGCAGGCAUUAUAAAUAGUAGUCAUAGAAUUGACCAUAUUGGUUUCGGUGUGGUUCUUGGUCAAGAUAAAAAGAAAUUUAAGACUAGAUCUGGUGAUACAGUAAAAUUAAAUGAUUUAUUAGACGAAGGUUUGAAAAGGGCACUUCAAAAAUUAAAAGAAAAGGAACGCGACAAAGUGCUCACAAAAGAGGAAUUAAAGAAUGCUCAGGAAUCUGUUGCUUAUGGAUGUAUAAAGUAUGCAGAUUUGUCACAUAAUAGAAAUCACGAAUAUGUGUUUUCUUUUGAUAAGAUGUUGGAGGAUAAAGGGAAUACUGCGGUAUACUUAUUAUAUGCCCUUACUAGAAUACGCUCUAUUGCAAGAGCAGCUAAUAUUUCACAAGAAAAGUUGCAAGAACUUGCACAAAGCACACCAAUAUCACUAGAGCAUGAGAAGGAAUGGAAAUUAGCCAAAGUAUUAAUAAAAUUCCCGGAUGUUUUAAUUAAAAUCACAAAAGAUUUGUACUUGCAUCAGUUAUGCGAGUAUUGUUAUGAAAUUUCAUGUGCAUUUUCUGAGUUUUAUGAUAAUUGUUACUGUGUAGAAAAAAAUGAACAUGGUGAUGUAGUGAAUAUAAAUAUAGGUCGUAUGUUAUUAACAGAAGCUACUGCAAUUGUCAUGGAAAAAUGCUUUUCGAUCCUUGGUUUGAAACCAGUUGCGCGUAUGUGAACGUGAACAUAUUUAUACAAAUUGUAAGACAAGAAUAAAAACAGUACAUUCUUUGUAAAGA